GUUCACAGCGUGAUCGUGUUCAAUCGACAUGGCGAUAGAACAUCGAAGUUCUUCCCCAAUUACCAAAUGACCUCGCUCGGGGCACAACAAUGCUACAACUCCGGCUCCUACUACCGGUCCCUCUACCUAAACUCCUCUUCUCUUUCCCACAUCUCCGGUAUAAGCGAAGACACCGCAGACUUCAGUCAACUCUGGGCCUCAGCACCAGAUCAGCCAGUUCUCUUCCAAACUGCCUUGAACUUCAUGCAAGGCCUCUACCCACCUCUCGGUUCGAACCAAGCACAAGUCCUGGCCAACGGAACCACGAUCGAAGCACCACUCGAUGGAUACCAAUACAUCCACAUCCACGGCGAAGACGACAAGUCUCCAGAUACGAUUUGGCUAAAAGGCGACGACGAAUGUCCCGCUUACGAGAAAGCUUCGAAAUCCUAUCGCCAAUCAUCCGACUACCUGUCUCUCCUGGACUCAACAAGAAAUUUCUACUCCCAAUUCUCCCCUCUCCUCUCCUCCAUCCUCAGCGGCGCCCAGAACCUCACCUACAAAAACGCUUACAACAUCUUCGAUCUCCUCAACACAGCCAAAACCCAAAACUCUUCCAUCUCCAACCAAAUCUCUGAACAAAAUCUCAACGAAGCACGAUUCCUCGCCAAUACCUGGGAAUUCAACCACAACUACAAUCCUUCGCAACCAGACCGUAUGAUCGGUGGGGAAGCGCUGGCCGGCGGAAUUCUACGACAAAUGGAAUCUGUCGUUGCCGAUCACGCGAGGACGAAAUUCUCGCUUAUGACGGGGAGUUAUGAUACUUUUCUCGCGUUUUUUGGACUUGUGGGAUUACCCGACAUCAAUUCUGAUUUCGAGGGUUUGCCGAAUUAUGCGGCUUCCGUGGCUUUUGAGAUUUUCUCGGAGGCUGAUGAGGCGGGAUUUUUGGAGGAGGAUUUGAGGGUUCGGUUUUUGUUUAGGAAUGGGACGGAGGGGGGUGAGGAGUUGAGGGCUUGGCCGUUGUUUGGGACUGGGCGGGAGAGUUUGGGGUAUGGGGAGUUCGUUGAGAGGAUGGGGGAGAUGGCUAUUAUGAGUGUUGGGGAGUGGUGUGGAAGGUGUCAGGCUGAGGCGGAGUUUUGUUUGGCU